CAUGCCUGUGCGUCAUCGUCAAGGCAAUGUCACUAGUCCGGGGCCGGUCCGGAGCGCGGAGAAGAGGGCCCCCCGGUGAAAAGGGACAACCCGGAAUGACUAACCCUCUCUACCAGACAGUCCCUGCAGCAUAGAUGGCCCGGACCAGCUCACCCUUCCUUCCCACGAGGGGAGGUACGUAAGCGCAGCAAGGCUUGUCGCGGUGGGCUGCGGGAGAAUGAUGAACUGAUUUCGAUCAAUGGAAAACCAUGUGUUGGACUAUCACAUGCAGAGGCAAUGCAGAAGAUAGACUCAUCUGGAGGCAAUCUCCACCUUCGUGUUAAGAGGACAGCAGCUGGGGCUCAGACACCUCGGACCCAGAGAGUGUUUCCUUCACCUUGCAGUCCAAACUCCAUCUCCACGACAUCUGGUCAACCUCGAUUGUUGCAUUUAGAGAGCAUAACCUCUCCUCCAGAUAGUGAAGCAUACUACGGGGAAACAGAUAGUGACGCCGACAUCCAAGCAUCCCCUGGGCAUCUCCAGAGUGCCCAACAACAUCUUAACCAGCAGCAGCCAGCCCCAGAAAAACACCGCAGGGCACGUAAGAAGAGUCCGAGAUCUCCACCUGGGAGCAGCAGUAAAACAGAAAACGAACAACAAUCUCUAUCUGAGAUGAGCGGUUAUGAAAGUGGUCCUGGUGGUGUUGCUGAAGGUGUCUUACAGUCAACAAGUGGAGUAGCCAAAAGGGAAAUAGUAUACCAGCCUGAUGGCAGCAGAGCUGAAACCCCCUUCUCAGAUGUGGAAGGCUUCCUGCCAGCUGAGGAGCCAGAGAAGAUAUCUAAUAUCACUUCAACCUCACCUGAAUCUAUGCUCCUGCCCCAUGCCACAAAAAGCAUCAAAGCUGAGAGAUAUCUUAUCCCAAUGAUAGGACCAGUGGAACACCCAGUAGAUGAAGACCUGACAACAACUUACUCAGAUAAAGCCAAAGAAGCAAAACUUAACCGCAGUGAGAGUGUGCAGGAUAAAAACGUCAAGGAGGCCAGAACCAAAUGUAGAACAAUUGCAUCUCUGUUAACCGAUGCUCCAAAUCCUCAUUCAAAAGGUGUGCUUAUGUUCAAGAAGAGACGACAAAGAGCAAAAAAAUAUACACUUGUGAGUUACGGAAGUGUAGACGAAGAUCGCUAUAUCGAAGACGAAGACGGGGUGCUUCCUACAAGUGAAUCAGAAUUUGAUGAAGAAGGAUUCUCUGAUGCCCGUAGCUUAACAAAUAAUUCAGACUGGGACAGCACCUAUAUGGAUAUUGAAAAGUCCAAAAUGGAAUAUGAGAUACAGGAAGAAAAAGGUCUGAGUGAAGCGUCUGGAAAAGGGGCAGCAUUGUUUGAAUUACAAAGGCAGAAAUCUGAACAGACAGCUGACAGUGCUCCCUCACAAAAUCCUCAAGAGCAUCAUAAAACUCCAGUUGCUCCUCCUCGAAAAUCAGUUGCAAAUGGAAAUGUUAGUCACGCAUUAAAUUAUGAUAAAAGCCAAGAGACACGGAGCUCAGAGAGUACCAAGGUGACAAGCACACAAAUAUCACUAACCCCUGCUUAUUCUCAAGACCUACAAGCUCCAGGUCCUGGAAAUGCCAUCUUCAACAGGUCAGCAAGACCAUUUACUCCAGGUCAAGUUGGACAGCGGACAAUGGCUUCUUCUGUUGUAUUCAAGCCUGCCUCGCCAAAAAAGAUUGAAAGUUUUCCUGUGCAAAAUGUUGCUCCAUCUCCAUUUACCCCAUUUAUAGCUGAUGCACCUGCUAGUCCACAAAAAGCACCUGUAAGUUCUGUUGCAUCCCUAUAUAUCCCAGCACCAAGUAGGGCAGUGUCAUCACCAGCAACACAAUACCAAGAGAAUCAAAAAGAGAACCUCUCAGCUUCAACAACACCACGGACUACUACUGCUUCCAUUUAUCUUUCAUCUCCUUCUCGUCCAUCAGGUCCACAUACUGUUACUUCCCAGCCAAAUAUAUUAGAUUCUAGUCCUGUGACAAACUCUACAAAAUCUCAGUUUAUUAGUCCAGCACAGAUUACACCUUCAUAUAUAUCACCAGUUAGCCAAGUAAACCAUUCACCGGAGUAUGUAAAUUCAAGAGAACAGAGGAUCUCUGUACCUAUUGGACGCACAGGCAUCCUAAAUGAAGCACGAAGGAGAGGCGGUAAGAAACAGAUGUUUGUUAAAAAGGAGGAGAAGAAGUAUAUGCCAAACCCAGAACUUUUGUCGAUGGUGAAGAAUAUAGAUGAGAAACCCAAACAGGAGCAACAUGGAGCAGGUUUUGAAUCUGGCCCAGAAGAAGACUUCCUCAGUUUAGGAGCUGAAGCGUGUAAUUUUAUGCAAUCUUCAGGCCGGAAAAUGAAAGUUCCUCCUCCUGUGGCCCCAAAACCCAGUUUUAAAACAACAGCAGAACAACUUGUAAAUGGAAGCUCAGAUGUGCCUCAGUUAAAGGGUAAAGGAGCAGAAUUGUUUGCAAAAAGACAGAGUCGUAUGGACAAAUUUGUAGUUGACUCAGAGCGCAGAUCUAGCUCAAGGCCUAACUCUAGGCCAAGAACACCAUCACCCACACCAUCACUUCCCUCAUCUUGGAAAUAUUCAUCUAAUAUUCGUGCACCUCCUCCAAUAGGAUAUAAUCCACUGGUUUCUCCAUUCUGUCCAUUAGCUGCAUCAAAAUCUCAAGUUGGCAAAGCAGAUAGCAAAGUUAAAAAAGGUGCCAGUGGUAAACCACGAAUGCAAGCUUUAGAUUUUAUGCGCCACCAGCCAUACCAGCUGAACUCAGCCAUGUUCUGCUUUGGGGAUUCUGCUAAUAGCCCUGAUACUCCAAAAAUGAGUUCCACUCUACCUAGACAAGUUCCUGUGAAAACUGCUAGAGCUCAUGAGAUUAAGCGCUUCUCAACUCCUACACCAAUGUCUUCUUCUGUCAACAUGACUCCUACAGUGCUAACUCCUAGAUCUGCAACUACACUUGCUGAACCAGUUUGGAGAACCGACAUAUCAUGCCAGCCUACGCCAACCAAUAUUUCUGGGCCUUCUCCCUUUUAUGCUGCUGUCCAGGAAACUCCACAGAGGAAUCUAGAAUAUUCAGUCUUCAGUCCUACUAACUCAUUUACCUCCCCUAGAUCAUCAGUGUCUACAAUUCAGGUGCCAAAGCCGAGAUUCUCUGCAGCAAAAACAGGAAUGCAGGCUAAUAUAUGGAGACCAGCCAAAGUUCAUUUCUGAUCUUGCAGAUUAAGCUACAGUGCUAUCCACUAGUUGUCGAAAAUACUCCUGUAAUUACUCUUGGCUUUGCUGUCUAUUAAUUUGUGUGUAUAACAUACUUACUAUCCUUACAUUUUCCCCUAACUGAUAUUGACUUAAAGAGAAAACUAAGCAAAAUGGAUUAUGGAAGAAGAGUGUGAUAUGCCUCCUGAUGGAUUAAAAAAGGACAUGUGAAGAAGAGAUAUUCAAAGAUAGCAAAACACAAUGGGAUAAUUAAAACUGAGAAACUUUGGAGGAAACAUGUUUGAAAUAAACAGAAUGUCACAGGAAUGUAAUAUGAGAAUCUCUAUAAAAACAAGCAAUGAUGGACAUUGUAUCUAUGCUGGUAGAAGUACAAGUUGUUGCAGUUAAAAUAUCUAUGAGGCUUUGAAUGUGGGAUUUGGUUUAUAUUGUACCACCAUUAUACUAGAGGUGACAUUUUACCUAGACAUACAUG